CCGAGUGGCCAUAAGAACUAUUAACGCCCCUUCAUCAAAGUGAAAAAUAAGAAGAAAAACGCCCUCCUCUUUCUUAAAGUUAACUGAGGUUACUGGAAGCACUGGGGUUUCCUGGUCCACGCGAACAGGACUGUUUUCUGCACAGUGCCCCGCCCCGUGCGAUGUCACUGAGCUCAGCUGAUUUAAGGACAAGAGCCCGCAGGGUAGAGGUCUCCACUCUGGACCCAGGACAUCAUCUCUGACUCCAGGAGGCAGGCGAGCUGCGGACAGAAGCCGAUCCACAGUUUUCUGGAGGUUCCAGCAAGACACCAUCUCACCACGAGCUCGAGAGCUCAGCCUUUGGCCCGGAAAAGGUUUCAGCUAAAGGCGGAGAAGAUGAGUUUCCUGGCAGAUUUGGAACUGAACUUUGCAGAGUGUAUAAUGGAUGGAGGAAGAGCCACCCUUGGGGUUACGCAAAGGGUGGGCAUGGACGCCACUCACCGGAUGAGACAGAACGAAAUUAUCUCGCAAGCCGUGUGCGCUCUACUGAAUUCCGGUGGCGGAGUGGUCAGGAUUGAGAUUGAGAACGGAGACUAUGAUUUUGAGAGGGAUGGAGUAGGCCUGAAUCUGCCACCAUUGUUUAGAAACCAUUUAGACGAGAUGCUGCAUGGAAAGUUCUUUUUAAUAUAUGUGAGUUCGUGGGAUGUGGCAGCCUCACACGUGCGGCUCGCAACUUUGUGUUCCAAUUUGUACCACAGAUGUGGGACAUUUACUGAAGUCAUGGAUUCUGAAGAAGCCCUGUCAUUCCUCAGAAAGGUCCAGGAUCCUAAGAAUCGUGGUGAUCCUGUCUCACUAAAUCUACAGGAAGCUUCUGAUUUGUUUGAUAGCCCGCAGCUCCAGUACCUGGAACAACUCAACUUUACAGAGUCCCCACACGUUGAAUUUCAAAUGUUCUCGGCAGACCUUUCACAGGGCAUUAGAGAGAGACUUCCCAAGUGUGUUUCUGCACUUGCCAAUUCUGAAGGGGGCUAUGUGUUUUUUGGUGUGCAUGAUGAGACCCGUCAAGUCAUUGGAUGUGAAAAGGAAAAAAUAAAUCCUCCCAACUUGUUGUCUACUAUCGAUGCCUGUAUCAGGAAGAUGCCUGUCUAUCACUUCUGUGGACAAAACCACAAAGUGCAAUAUGCCCUCAAAUUCCUUGAAGUUUAUGAUAAGAAGGCCCUCCAUGGGUAUGUCUGUGCAAUCAGGGUAGAACCAUUCUGCUGUGCUGCAUUUGCCAAAGCACCUGAUUCCUGGGAGAUAAAGGACAAUAAUAUGAAGCAGCUAACCACAAAUGACUGGGCCUCUUGGAUGAUAGAAACCGACCCAGUGCUUCCCAGUUUCCCUCAGAUGAUCCCCAGGAGGAGCAUGCUAAACACCACACCCUGCAGCAGGACUGUGUUCAUACAUAAGUAUCUGAAAUGUGUGGAGGAACUGCAGAAGGAUUACUUUCCAGUGUCACCCGAAGGGAUUACAUAUACUCCAGAAGAUGUCUAUAAGGACCUCUUCUCAGACUACAGAGGACUAAGAAACUUAAUAAAUAUGGAAACGCGCUGCUUCUCUCAAGGCAUAUUGAUCUUCUCCUACAGCUGGGCUGUGGAUCUAGGUCUUCAACGGAGGCAAGAUGUCAUCUGUGACGCUCUUCUAAUUUCCCCGAACAAUGUUCCAAUCCUGUACACCAUUUGCAACAAGUGGGAUCUGGGGAACAGGCACUAUUCCAUGACAGUCGCCCGCACCCUGAAGCAGAGGCUGGUGAACGUGGGUGGCUAUACUGGAAGAUUAGGCAUCAUUCCCUUGGUCUUACAGUUGGGUUCUGACCAAAGAGUAAGGAAUGAUUUAGGAAUGUCGGUUUACCCGGAAUCCUAUAACUUCACAACCAUACAGCAGGUGGAAGCUCUGUUGCAAUCUCUUGUGAUCAUCUUGUUUGGGUUCAGACCCCAGUUAAAUGAAGAGUUAAACUUUGAGCCAGAGACUGUGGCCCUACUCACAGAUCAACAGUAUGGGUUGCUUUCAAUGAAUCUGAGUAAGCACAGAGAGCUGUUUGUGCAUGGCUCACCUGGAUCAGGGAAGACCACUCUAGCUCUCAUGAUCGUGGAGAAGAUUAGGAAUGUGUUCAGGUGUCAAGCUGAGGACAUUCUUUACAUCUGUGAGAACCAGUCUUUGAAGAGGUUUGUGAGCAGGAAAAACACUUGCCAGGCAGUGACACGGAAAACCUUCAUGAAAAAUACCUUUGAUAACGUGAAACAUAUCAUCGUGGAUGAAGCUCAGAAUUUCCGAACCGAGGAAGGGAACUGGUAUGCAAAGGCAAAAGCCAUCGUUCAAAGAGGGAGAGAUGGCCCAGGAGUUCUCUACAUUUUUCUGGAUUACUUUCAGAUCAAUCACUUGUGUUGCAGUGGCCUCCCUGAGCUCCAACACCAGAAGCCAAUACUGAAGCUCACCACAAUGCUCCGCAGCGGAGACAACAUAGCCAGCUAUCUUCAAGAUAUAAUGCAUCAAAUCAGACAAAAUCCUCCCCCAAAUGUCCCCCAAGAGGCCCUGACAGUGGGCCGAGAACCUGAAUGGGGUCCAGAUAUCACAGGCAAUUUAGAGAUUACUGAUAACAUGAAUUUGGAGCAGAUGGCAAUCUAUGUAGCAGAGAAAUGCCAGUGUCUUUGGAGGUCUGGCUAUCGCCUCACGGAUGUUGCUGUUCUUUUCACUAAAGCCAGAGAUAUAGAAAGAUGUAGAGAAAGGCUUCUGCUAGCGAUGAGGAGGAGGACCAUGUCUCAGCUCGGUGAGGAGCCCAGUUCACUAGUGCAGGUCAGGGAGGGGUUGGAUAGUCUGGGUAGUCACGUCCUGUUGGAUAGUGUCCACCGAUUUUCAGGCAUGGAGAGAAGUAUUGUGUUUGGGAUCAUUCCAGUGGUAUUCGACACAGCCAUUUCCUACAAUGUUCUGCUCUGUCUGGCUUCCAGGGCAAGGACACAUCUAUAUAUUAUAAAGGUUAUGUUUUGAUAGGAAGAUGCCAGUUUUCAGUUAGCUAGGGUUGGUCUCUAGAUGUCUUUGAAGCUCUUUGAUCUAAACAUUUAAGCACCAAGACAUUUCAUG